UUGAAUAGUUCGAAAAUAUUGAGGGUUCUGUUUGCAAUUUUUCUAAAUUUUUUAGAUCCUGAGUUCUGCAAUAUAAAAAAAGAACAAAACAAAACACGAUCACGGGGCAAAUUUGAGACAAAAAAUGGUGCUGAAUAGUCGAUUGGUGGAGACGACAGUGAAUCUAUCGGCGGAUCUCUGGCAAUAUGUAGCAUGUAACCCCGAGAGACUUCCUCGCGCCACCGUCCUUCAUUUCAUCUUCGGCAUCCCUCUCCUCCAACUCCGUCGUCUCGCUUCCUCUCUCGGAUCAUACCUCUGCUUCGAUUCCGGCGCCGGAUUCGAUCGCCGUACUCAUAGCGAUUAACAUCCCGGCGCAGUUUCAACGGAAAUUUGAUCCUUUGAUUCCUUCGUCUGUUAAUUUUCGACAUUUGUGUUUGUAAUUUGUUUGUUUGUAAACCGAAAGGGACAUAAAUAAAUUGAAUACCAUAUUUAACCGGGAAAUUUUAAACCAAACCGGAUUGUGAGGAAUUGUCGUUACAGAGAGAAAAAAAAAAAAGCAGAGAGACGUGUAAAUCAAAGAACAUCAAAGGUUUCGUGAGAAAGAAGAUGAAGUCGCUUGUAGCCCAUUUUUCAACGCCUUUAAUCACGUCUAGAUUGUUCCCUACAUGUCUUAUUCAUCGAGCUUCAAUCUCCGCCGUCAAUUUUCCCACCGUCCGCCGCCGAUAUUCUCCUCUCACCAUGGCCUCAGCAGCUCAGUCUUCUUCUCAGGCUGUGUCAUCGGGGAGUGUCAACAGUGAUACAGAUGUUUUCAAAUUGAUUCAAGCUCACGAGGAGAAGGCUGCUCGUCUUUCUCCAGUUGACGAAAUCCGGACUGUUCUUAAUGGUAGUGUCCGUGGUAUGCUUUCCACUUUUUCUCAGAAAUAUGAGGGUUAUCCUUCAGGGUCAAUGGUUGAUUUUGCAUGUGAUGCUGAUGGUUCUCCGAUUCUGGCAGUUAGUAGCUUGGCAGUUCAUACGAAGGAUCUGCUAGCUAAUCCAAAAUGCUCAUUACUAAUUGCUAGAGACCCAGAGGAUAGGACCGGUUUGAGGAUCACCCUACAUGGUGAUGCAGUCCUGGUUUCUGAAAAAGAUCAAGCGGCUGUUCGAUCUGCCUAUUUAGCCAAGCAUCCCAGUGCUUUCUGGGUUGAUUUCGGGGACUUCAGUUUUAUGCGAAUCGAACCGAAAGUGGUUAGAUAUGUUUCAGGGAUUGCAACUGCUUUUCUAGGAUCUGGAGAAUUCAGCAAAGAGAAGUACCAAGCAGCCAAAGUCGAUCCUAUAGCUCAGUAUGCAAAGCCUGUGACGUCUCACAUGAAUAAAGACCAUGAAGAGGAUACCAAAGCCAUAGUACACAAUGUGACGUCCAUACCUGUCGAGAGCGCCUUGAUGCUUGAUUUGGACAGCCUUGGUUUCAACGUUAAGGCUAGUCUUCAAGGGAAUACCUUCAAGCUCCGAGUUCCAUUCCCAAGACCCGCACAAGACAGAAAGGAUGUGAAGACACUAAUAGUGGAAAUGCUUCAAGCUGCUAAGCCUAUUCCCAAUUAGUUUGCUAAAAAAAAAGAUGGAAAAGCUCUCUCUACCAUCUGAAUCCUGCUACAACAAAAGAAGCUUCCUCCUUUACACCUUCCUUAUCGUAUCUAUCCGCUGGAAAAGAACACUCAUUUAGUCCUGUAAAUAACUAGACUUAUACACGAAAAAGUUAUAAAUGAAGAUUUAUGUUGUUAAGUUAUUCACCAUGCUUGUGAUUUCAGGAAAGUUUACUAGUACUUGACUUUUUUUAUCUUUUCGCAGUCAA